AUGUCUAUUAUACUGCUUAUUUUACUUAUUGGCCUACAUUUGACGUCGGCAGGGCCAAUUGACCAUUGGUCUGUUGGAAAUAUUAUUAUUUCCAAGCCGGAUAUACGUUUUCGUGUAGAUAUUUAUUCUCCUACCACGCCUGGCUCAUAUCCGGUAUUGAUUUUUCUCCCAGGUUUAGCUGGUCUAGUACCAUCAACAUUUUACACAUCACUGGUAACAGCGAUCGCUGAACAGAAUGUUAUUCUCGUUGGCAUAUCGAAAAUCGAAAACAUUAAACCAGAAAAAAUGUCAGUUCACAUUGAUAAUUUUCUCGCAUGGGCGAUUAAACCAAAAGAUGGGAUUACUCGUCUAUUCGCCGAACAUAAACAAGUUCGAGAAGUACACGCAAAUCUGGAACGGCUCGCUUUUCUUACGCACUCAUCGGCUGCGCAUUCGCUCGGUCAAUAUAUGAAUAGCACGUGUGGUCCUAUUAAAUUGAUUAUCAUGAUGAAUCCUGUCGAUGGAAUUGAUCCAUUCGGUAUCGUACAAGAUUUCAUCACACAUCCUCCGACACCUCUUCCAUUCCGAACACCAGCUUUGAUCAUUUCAGCUGGCUUAGACAGUGUCUCAAUCGGCCAGAAAUCUCCUGCCUGUGCACCAAAUAAUAUUAGUAACGAUCGAUGGUAUCGGUCCCUAUAUGGACCAACAUUUCUCAUCAAUAUCACCGACUAUGGUCAUGCUGACAACCUCGACGAACCGUAUCACGAAGCAAGCAAGAUAAUGUGUAAACCAUGCACAGGCUCUCUGUGUCAUUUCGCUCAAUAUAAACUCGACGAAGCCACAUUAAUCACAUCGUUCAUUCGUGCUAUAUUCGAUCGUGAUCUUCGACAACUAAACAUUAUCCAAAAUCCUCAAAGUGCUGUUCAAAGUCAUGUUUCAAAUAAAUACGAUUUGCAUGGUUAUGAUUACACAUCUGGAGGACCUGGUGGUUUUUGCACGCGUGAUUAA